AUGCAUUCAAGUGCGAACUCGUAUUACACUUCUGAUUGCAUAUUAAGACCAUGUCGAGAAAAUCUAAACAUGCUCACUUUUAUAACUAUUUUUGAUCUCUCCAUUUUAGUUUUUGUUACUUCUAUGUUCUUUGAAAACGUGAAACCUGGAACUAUAAAUAUACCUGAGGAUAUUGUUGAAGAGCUAUAUCUAAAAUAUAAGGAAGCUGCUUAUGAUAGAGGCAACAUAUCAUUACGACGUCUAUUCAAAAAUAAUAAGCAAUACGAAGUGCACGUUAAAAAAUUAAAGGAAGUUAAUGGCUUUAAGACACACAACCUUAUGAUCAAAGAAAGUCUUAGAACAGAUUCGAGUUCUUUAAUUUAUAUCAACAAUCCAGUAGAAUCUAAGAUUCCUAGAGCGUAUUUAACUUUGGAAGAAUUCAAAAAUAUUUUAACUGACAGAGUGUUGAAACAACGAACUAAAUUAAUAAAAAACAAUGUAACAAAUGGAAAAACAAAGUUGAAUGAUUUUAAACAUCAUGAUGCAAAAAAACCGGCAACGAAUGUGAUAAAAAAUAAUAAUAUUACAUUGUCCACUAAAAAACUUAAAUUAACUGAUAUUGCCCAUACAAAGCAUAUUAAUUUUACACAUAAUGUUCAAGAUGAACAAGUACCUACGAUACAACACACAAGACAGACAACAAAUAUCUACAAUACAGUACUCACUAACAAGAAGGCUCAAGUGACCAAAAAUGAAAUAGAAUCUGCAAUAAUAGUAGUAAGCAACAUUACUGAAAUGCCUGCCAUGAACCGAAUAAAAAUUAAUAACAAUACUUUGUCAACAAGAAAACUUAAAUUGAUUGACAUUGCUGUGACAAAGUAUAUUAAUUUUACACCCAAUAUUCAAAAUACAACAAUGAAUGCCUUCGAUACAAUAGCUUCCAGUAAUAAAACUGAAAUAAACAUUAAUGUGUCAGAACCUACUAAAAAACCUACCAAAAAUGUUACGAUAAAAUCAGAAAUUUCAAAUAAGCCAAAAGGUACGAUGCUAGUGUCUGAGGAAUCUACUCAAUAUAUUUUUUUUAGAGGAAAUGAUGAUAUAACAUCUCAAUCUUUUACUGAAAACAUUACGCAAGUCAGCACCAAAAAAGAAGGGCCAAGUAGAAAGACAACAGAGACAUUUAUACGGGAAAGUAAUAUCAUCGUGUCGCCUAAACAGAGAAGAACAACACUUGGUGUAAGUAGCGAUGUUUCG